AUGGUUGUGUCUCACUCUUUGAUUCCUUUGUUCUUUUUCAUGACGCUCCUUGUACAUGCAAUGUCUAGCGGCAUUGACUUAACUUGGCACGAUGCUCGUGCAACUUUCUAUGGUGAUGCAUUUGGUGCUGACACCAUGCAGGGUGCUUGUGGCUAUAAUAAUCUCUUCGAACAAGGGUAUGGACUUGCAACCACGGCAUUAAGUUCGGCUCUAUUUAAUAAUGGAUUAACAUGCGGUGCAUGUUUUCAAAUAAAAUGUGUCAACGAUCCUCAAUGGUGCAUAAAGGGUGCAACACCAAUCACAGUGACAGCAACAAAUUAUUGUCCUCCAGAUUAUACCAAAACUACAGAUAUUUGGUGCAACCCACCACAAGAACAUUUUGAUUUGAGUUAUAAAAUGUUCACAUCUAUCGCCUAUUAUAAAGCUGGUGUCAUUCCAGUUAAAUAUCGACGUGUUCCAUGUAUCAAAAGGGGAGGUGUUAGGUUUGAACUAAAAGGAAACCCUUAUUUUUUAAUGGUUUUGAUUUACAAUGUUGCCAAUGCAGGUGAUGUUACUAAUGUAAGUAUUUGUGGAUCUAAGACUGACUGGAUGACCAUGUCACACAACUGGGGACAAAAUUGGAAUGUCAAUAUGAAUUUGGUUGGACAAAGCUUGUCAUUUUGGGUAACUACAAGUAGUGGAGUAAGUUUAGAAUUCCGCCAUGUUGCUCCUUCUAAUUGGCAAUUUGGACAAACUUAUAAGAGCAGGCAAAAUUUUUAA